AUGAAGAAUGGCUACAAUUUUGGGAGAUUUGGACCAAAUCCUGGGUUAGAGAAUAAGGCACAUAUCAUGAAGACGGAUCCAAGUAAUUUGCAUCAGCUCCUUAGGAGUUAUUUGCUCUUGUUGGUUUCCUUUCAGUUUAUUGCAGCUAUCACAGCCAACGGGUUGAUAUACGACUACUCAUAUACUGCUGAUCAGUGUUUGGCCAAGCCAAAGGAUGCCCAGUACAAAGGAGGGAUCAUAGCCAACCCAGGAUUUGACCAUGGUUUGAAAGGGUGGGUCAACUUUGGAGGGGCAAAACUGGAAGCAAGAUUUCACAGUGGCAACCGGUACGCAGCAGCCGUAAGUCGGAACCAUUCGUAUGAUAGCAUUGCCCAGACGAUCUACCUGCAGAAGGAAAAUCGUUACACUUUCUCAGCUUGGGUGCAAGUAGAUGGAGAAAAGGCAACAGUGAGAGCCAUCUUUAAAACUGCUGAGGGUCAGUACCUGCGUGCUGGUGAAGUUGGUGCAAGGUCUGGCUGCUGGUCCAUGCUCAAGGGAGGCUUCUCCCCAAGAUCCUCAGGAUUUUCUCAACUUUAUUUUGAGAGCCUGAACAAUAGAACAGAAAUCUGGGUGGACAACGUCUCACUUCAACCAUUCACAGAGGAAGAGUGGAGAUCUCAUCAGAGCCAAAGCAUUGAGAAGGUCCGCAAAUCCAAGGCCAAGUUCCAUGUUGUGGACUCACAAGGCAAAGAGUUGCCCGGUGCGAAGGUCAUGCUGCAACAGAAGAGACCCAACUUCCCGUUUGGAGCCGCCAUUAACAAGAACCUGAUCGGGAACACGGCGUACCAGAACUGGUUCGCCCCUCGGUUCACCGUCACCGUCUUCGAGAACGAGAUGAAGUGGUACUCCACGGAGAAACAGCGCGGCACCGUCGACUACUCUCAGGCGGACGCCCUCAUGAACUUCGCCAAGAGCCACAAGAUAGCAGUUAGGGGCCACAACGUGUUCUGGGACGACCCAAAAUACCAGCCCUCAUGGGUGGAUUCGCUGUCCCCAUCUGAUCUUUCCCAGGCUGCUGACAACAGGAUCAACUCGGUUGUUAGUAGGUACAAGGGCCAGGUUAUCGGCUGGGAUGUUGUGAACGAGAACCUGCACUUCUCAUUUUACGAAACCAAACUGGGACCGGACGCGUCUUCCAAGUUCUACAACAAGGCCCAGACGCUGGACCCUGGAACAUAUCUGUUCCUGAACGAGUACAAUACUUUGGAGGACAGCAGAGACCCGAACUCGACGCCGGAAAAGUACCUGGCCAAGAUCAACCAGAUGAAGGCGUAUCCGGGGAGCGCCGGCCUGAAACUGGCAAUUGGGCUAGAGGGGCAUUUCUCCACCAGCGUCGAUACCGCCUACAUCAGGUCGGCCCUGGACAAACUGGCUCAGGCCAAGCUGCCCAUUUGGAUCACGGAGUUGGAUCUGCAAAGUGGACCAAAUCAGGCGAGUGACCUAGAGCAAGUGCUUAGAGAGGUGUACGCUCAUCCGGCGGUGAAUGGGAUGGUGAUGUGGGUGGGAUGGAGCCCCGAGGGCUGCAACAGGAUGUGCCUCACGGACCACAAUUUCAACAAUUUAGCGACGGGCGACGUCGUCGACAAGCUCCUCCGCGAGUGGAAAGGCGCGGUGGACUUGGAGGGCACGACGGACGGCAACGGUCGACUCGAAAUGUCGCUGACUCAUGGAGAGUAUGAAGUAACGGUCCUCAACCCCCUGACCAAUGUGUCCUCCGCGCACCCGAUGAGCGUCACGGCCGGAACCCCAAAUACAAUGAAAGUUUCUGCUUGA